GGGACACUUUUGACAGUGUCUCUGGCCGUAGAAGCACGACACACAAGCGUUCACGUUUUGGUGGCUUUUUGUUAUAUUUCGGGUGAAAUAACACAACAGUAUGCGAGAUAAAUUUUAAACUUUGAUUCCACUUUAUUGUUAGCUGCUCCGUUUGCUACUUCGGGUCUUUGCUAAUUAGCCUCUAUGCUAACACUAGUGUCAGUUCGCUCGUCGGUGUUAAACUCCGAGUGUAACUGAUUAGGAAAGACUUUCAGGGGCUCUGCAUUCGGUUUGUUCGAUUAUUUACCUCUUCCCUGAGAGGUUGUGUGUGAAGACAGGCUUCCAGCCAUGUCUGCUGUGUUGGAUCUGAAGACGAAGGAGGAGAAAGAUGCGGAGCUGGACAGGCGUAUUGAAGCUUUGCGGAAGAAAAAUGAGGCUCUAAUGAAAAGACAUCAGGAAAUAGAAGAGGACAAAAAGAAGGCAGAGCAGGAGGGCAUUGCUGUGACAACACACCGCAAGCCCCGUACUCUUGAGCAUGAUUCAGACCGGCGGAAGAUUGAAAAGGAGAACUUCACUGUGACAGUGGACCUGUUUAAACCCAGCGGGGAAAGUCGAGUGGUGAACGAUAGGCAGUUAGCACAACAACACGCUGAACGUGAAACAGAAGACGGGUUUGCUGGCCGCCCCCAACCUAGAACAGGUUCUGGGCGGCUGAGCAGAGGUGGGCAGCGUGGAGGUGGUCACCGCCCUGAGAGGAGAGAACCACGAGAACCAUGGGAACCACGAGAACCACGGGAACCACGAGAACAACGGGAACCACGAGAACAACGGGAACCACGAGAACAACGGGAACCACGAGAACAACGGGAACCACGAGAACAACGGGAACCACGAGAACCACGAGAACCAUGGGAACCACGAGAAGGUGAAGGAGGAGGAGAUGGCCCUUUACUCAAUGAACGCUCCCGAGGACGACGGGGAGGAAGAGGAGGAAGAGGAAACAUGCAGCAGGUUGGCUCAGGGGCAGACAGAAAAUCAAAGGAGUGGGAAGAGAAAAGAAGGCAGAACAUUGAGAAGAUGAACGAGGAGAUGGAGAAGAUUGCAGAGUAUGAGAGAGGUCAAAGGGCUGAUGGUGAAAAGCCCAUCAGAAACUUUCUUGAUGAUCCACGGCGCAGUGGACCAAUCCCUGACACGGAUCGCAAAGAGGGAAGCCGCAGACACGUCCGCAACUGGGGUGGGCUAGAUUUUGAAAAUGUUAAGACUGGAGCUGAGGCAGAGAAAGAAUGGACGAUUCGGAGGCCUGGAGGGAAAGGCUCAGUGGAUAUGACUUUGUCGAUGACCGGCAGAGAACGGGCUGAAUAUCUGCGCUGGAAAAAGGAGCGUGCUCAGAUAGAUGAAGAAAGGUUGGCUCGUCAUCGUAAUGCCACUGGUCAAUGGAGACGAGAGUGGGAUGCCCAGAAAACCGACACAAUGUUUACAGAAGACCCAGCUGUGGCUGGAGAGGGCAUGGCAGAACCAUGCAGCAAGAGAGCAGAUAGGGGGCGUAAUGCCCGUACACCACAACGCAGUGGGGUUACAGAUGAUAACAGAAAACCUCCCAAGACACCCACUUUUGGAGAUUUCCUAGGGCAGGGCAAACCCAGAGAAGCAGGCCAUGGAGGUAGAGGAAGAGGGAAAGGACGAGGUCAAGGAAAGAGUUACAGCAUGCAUGAUAACCGGUGGGAAGCAGAAAAAGAGGAGGAAAAAGGGAAAAAGGAGGAACAGGAAAAGGAGAAGACAAAAGAAGAGGAUAAGCCCAAAGCUCCAACAAAAAAGAAGCAGAUUGCAGUUGCGCUAGAGAAAUCAGUGGCUGAAGAUGAAGACGACGAGUGGGAGGAUGCCAGUGAUGGAGAUGAAGUUGAAGAUGAGGAAGUUGAAGAAUCUGAGGAUAAAAAAGGAGUUUCUCUGAAAGAAACUAAACCCUUGGAGAAGAGCUCCCCUGCUGCAUCUAGUCCCAGUCCUAAGGAACAGAGGACACCCAGACCAAAAGUGCACAUCCCUUCUUCCCCACAGGAGUCUCUCCCUACUCCGGAGGGCACAAAGCCUGUCAGCCCCUUUUCUCCUCUGGAAGGCCACCAGCCUGUAUCAGAUUGGGGAGAGGAGAUGGAGAUGCUUUCCCCCAAAAGCAGCUUGGGUGAGAGUCCCUUGAAGCCCAGCAGUAAUGAAAGCAGUCCAGCUCAGAACAAGAGCCGAGAGGAGGAGGUAGAGGAGGAGGAGGAGGAGCACAGCGAUGCAGCCAAGAAUCCACCCCAGCAGUCUGACAAACAGCAUGACACCCUGACUGAAGCAGAUUUAACUGCUCCUGCACUCCUUGAAGAAUCAGUAUCAUCAAACCAGGCUGAUUUCACAUCUAGCAGCAAUAAGCCCACAGAGCCGGCAGAGAAUUCAACUACACAGAAGGAGGAGAGUGAAGACACUGAAGUGACUGUAGAGCUGGAUUUGAGUGAAUCUAGACGUGAAAAUACAGCUCCAGCCGAGUCAAAGGAUCAGCCAUGCUCAGGCUAAAGAGUAACUGCAGUAAGUGCAGCACUAGUGAUCUUGCAAGAUAGGGGGAAAAAGGUAAGAAGAGGUGUAAAGAAGACAUCUGCUGUAAUGGAUAUCCACUGCCUGAAAAUCAGGAGGAUGGCAAGCCCUAUGAUGAUUUAUCCCAACCUCCAAAACAACUCAUUGUUUGGUUUUGUGUUCUUUCAGCACGCAGACUAUUCUGUUAUGUGUUUCAAAAUUUAGGACUGCAGUUUAUUGGGGCUCUGCAAACCAUUUGUGUAACACUGUAAACUUAAUGAAGAGCAUUAUAUGCAAGGCAAAAAGUAAGUAUAUCCUAAGAGCUGUAACUUUGUUUUACGUGACAUUUGGUAACAUCUUAUCCUAGUCACAAGACGCAUUUUGUCAGUAAUAGUUUGGAGGCAAACUUUCGCUUCUUGCUGCUUUAGGUCCUCAAGGGUUAGCCAAUCAAAUGCAUGCUUUGGUUUGUGUAUUAUACCUAUGCAAACAAAAUGGAAACAGGCAUUAGAAUUAUCAAAGCUAUUUGUAAAAAAAAAUGGAUUUUUCUUUUAAAUUCAUGUCUAAGAUUUUAAUUUGCCUGCAAAAUAAGGUGUUACAAAAACUCUCAUUUAUAAUUUAUACCCAAUCUGUAUGUGUAUUGCAUUCUGACCAAAGAUACUUCUUAGAAGGUGUUUUGUAGAUGAGUCUGUUGGAUAAAUAAUGACCAAUUGAGGCAAAAAAUGUGUACUUCAUUAGAAAUGAUCUUGGUUGGGUUUCUUUUUUUAUAUUUAUGUAUAUUUUAUUGUUUUUGCUUUUAUGCUCUGUUUUCUUUUGUCUAGGAAUUUUUCUUGAUUUUCUUUAAAUGCAGGCAGUUUGGUUUAUUGAGAUUGUUUUAGUAGCACAGGUUUCUAUCGUUUAGUAAAUUUAGUGGAAGUAUCUGGAUUGUAAUAACUUUUAAAAAUGGUGUACAUUCCAAUGCUUUGUGCAUCAUCUUUCAUUGUUUGCUUUGAGAACCCUUGUUUUUAAAAUACAAACACAAAAGUGCUCCUGGAGCAGCAAAAAUCAUAAAAGAUUGUGAUUGUAUUACAUCGAUCAGAUCAUGUUUACUUUAGAAUUAGAUUUAGGUCUGCCUCUGUUGGUGUUUCAGCAGUGCACAUGUGCUAGUGUUUGUAGGAUUCUUCCCGCAGUGAAACACUAUAUUUCAGUCACUUAUUUUUGAAGUUUGAAUUGAUGCUUAUGCCUUUUUAUUUGUUAUGUAAAGGAUGCAUUGUUAUUUACGUUGAAUUUUCUUCUAAAAUAAAUGUAUAUCUUUGCCUUAAA